UGUCUGGUAAUGUAGGUUAUCAUUGACGAGGAAGGAGAGUGCCGAAGAUAGGCGGCAGAAAGGGGACAAAUCCCGAUCAGCACCGCAGCUUCAGUUUCAGCUUCAGCUUGUCUUUGCUGUUUUUUGGGGGGUUUGAGCACAUUUUAAGCCCCUUGAGCUUUAUUGUACGGCAAACCAACAUCCACGUCGUCCUUGUCGCCAACCUUGCUGUGUCCGUUCGUUCUCGGUGUCAUGCAGCAUAGUUUAAUUCCAGUUUAUACGCAACGAAACUGAAUGAAAACACGAAAGUUUACGACCGACUAGCUUGUCAGCUAAAAUUUCAGCUAACGCCAGCAGGUUUCAGUGUUAACCGGUUAGCUAGCUGCAGGGGUUAGUCGGGCCCCGACGGCCUUCUCAUUGCACGCUUCUUCUGUUGUUAUUGUUGUUGUCAACUGUCCUGACUGUCAGUGUUGUGGUCAAGGCGCCUGGUGGGGUAGUGGGUUGUGGCGGAUUUAGUGGGUCCACGUUGGAGUAGGCGGGUCAGGGUUUAUGGGGAUGCGGGGAUGAGACUGGAGGCACCGGGACCAACCACACCACUGUCCCGGCCGAUGAAACACACGCUCGGUUCCACCGACAACCGAUUCUGUUUGUGUAAAUGUGUGAGUUGUGACGCGUGUUUGAAAGGAAACUUCAGAGGUCGACGGUACAAAUGUUUAAUUUGCUACGAUUAUGACUUGUGCGCAUCGUGCUACGAAAGCGGUGCCACCACAACCCGACACACCACAGAGCAUCCCAUGCAGUGUAUAUUAACACGAGUCGACUUCGACCUGUACUAUGGAGGUGAAGCCUUCUCCGUGGAACAGCCUCAAGCUUUCACGUGUCCUUACUGCGGCAGGAUGGGCUACACGGAGAUCUCCCUGCAGGAGCAUGUGGCGGCGGAGCACACGGAGACCUCCACAGAAGUGAUCUGCCCCAUAUGUGCAGCGCUGCCAGGCGGCGACCCCAAUCACGUGACGGACGACUUUGCCGCCCAUCUCACACUUGAACACAGAGCUCCAAGAGACCUGGACGAGUCCAGCGGAGUGAGGCACGUCAGGAGGAUGUUUCACCCCGGGCGUGGGCUGGGGGGCCCGCGUGCACGCAGGUCCAACAUGCAUUUUACCAGCAGCACUACGGGGGGGCUUUCUACCAGUCAGAGUUCCUCACAGAGCUCCAACUACAGCAGAGAGGCCAUGGACCCCAUAGCAGAGCUGCUGUCCCAGUUGUCGGGGGUGCGGCGUUCGGCGGGGGGCCAGCUGAGCUCGGGUCCCUCGGCCUCCCAGCUGCAGCAGCUUCAGAUGCAGCUCCAGUUGGAGCGCCAGCAGGCGCAGGCGGCGCGCCAGCAGCUGGAGAGCGCCCGAAACGCCACCCGGGGAGGUAGAGCCAACGCCAUCCUCACCGCCAAUUCGGCCCCUGCAAACCCCGCCCCCAGCACCAACCACACCAACAACCCCAGCCCGAACCCGGGACUGCCCGAGGCCAACACACAGCAUUCUGCACACAACUCCCAGUUUUUACUCAGCAGGCUGAGCGAACCCCGGCUGUCGGAAGCGGAGCGGCAGGCGUGCGAGGCGCAGUGGGCCGACAGGAGCCUCUUCGUCACGGAGCUGCUGCUGUCCACGCUGCUGCCCGACCACGACGCCUCGGCCUCCUCCUCCGAGGACGAGGAUGAUUGUCACGGCCCGUUGCGGAAUUUCGCCGACUUCCAGGCCAUGGGCUGCGUCGAGGUCAUGACGUUAGACGUGGCGCUGGAAAACCUUAACCUCAAGGAGAGCGCGCCUCCAACCAAGACGACAAAAAGCACGAGUAAAACGGCACCUACCAAGAAAGAGCCCCCCGCCCCGCCCCUUUGAUGACUCGGCACCUCCCUCCCCUGAAACCACCAUUGUAACCGGCUGACCGCCGCGUCAGUCCAACUGCCAAUGGAUGAGAAAAGACUGCAGCUCCGUCUGGCUUUUUGUCCCCGCCCUCUUUUACUUAUUUUUGUUUUUUUUUGUUUGUUCCCCCCAGUGAUUGUCAUUUCAGCUGUCGCUCCCCGUCUCCACCACACGUUUUCUGUUGUGUAUAUUGAAUAAAAGUAGUGAGACGAGAGAAUGUGAAAGCGAGACAGUGUGGCAGCUGCCAGAGAGAAAAGGAUUAUAUAAAGAAAUUAUAGAAGAAUCUAUAUGAGAGGCGAUAAUCAGCGACACGUAGGCCGUGUUCCCUUUAGCAGACCAGCUAAGCGUAGUUAGCCGCUGGAACCAGGGGGGAAAAAAGCGCUGCUGUGUAUUUAUAGAUUUUAAGUAAAGAAGUGCUUGGACGGUUGACCACAACGCGAGCAUGAGCUUAAAUCACCAUGUGCCCAUUUUUAACUGCACAGUCACCAGAGAGAGAGAGAGGGGGGGGGGGGGGGGGUCUCUUGUUCCGACACCUGAGCGUGUCACUUUUUGGUGCUGAGUGCACACACAUACGCUGAUGUGUUUGGCUCCCCCUCAUGUCCGGUCCCCUCCCACCUUUCGUGUGACAUCACCUGUUUUUGGGUCAUGUGACCUGGCUUUAUAUCGACUGUGGGCACUUUGCAUAUCCGGUGUCCACGCGUGCACACACUACAGAUGCUCCACACACCUCUGCAAACAGGGGACGCCGCGAUGGAAGAGCCACGCCCCCCCCCCCCUCCCUGGCAGUCAAACGGUUGACCCCCCCCCAUCACGGUCUUUCUUUCAUCCGGUCUUUCUACUCAAGGCCGUCCGCUUCUUUCUCAAGCUCCACCUGAUCCAGAAUUAAUCUCUCCAUUACUCAUGAAUGCAAAGAUUACUCAUGUGACUUGAAGGAGAGAAUUGUGUAUUGCUCUUUCCAUAAAUUCCUCGGUCAGAAAAGGUCUUUGUAUGCCUCCACUGCUACCUGAAGACAUGCAUUGUAUGUUUUUUGGCUUCUGAAACGAGCCAAACGACAGGGUAAACCUUUGGAGGACAAUAAAAAUGUUUUUGGAUGGAAACAAACUAACCUCA